UCAACCCCAGACCGUCAACAGGAAACCUUGGUAUAAAAAGCUGCAUUGCAGGGGGAAUCCUCCUAAGUGUCUCUCAGCCACAGCAUGACCAGGACCAAGAGCCCGAGAGAGUGGACUUAAUAAAACAAUGCCAAGCUUAAUCGUCGAACCACCCAACACACAGCGUUUCAUCAUGGACAGAGAUGACAGGAAGAGAAACAAAAACAUUGGAAAGAACUUUAUGUGCCGACUCCAGUGCAUGUUCUCUCACUCCUCCAGCUCUGAGAGGCUAAGUUUAGAAGAUACCCAACAAUGGUCACAGUCACUGGAAAAACUUCUCGAGUCUAAAUAUGGACUGGCUACUUUUCGCAACUUUCUCAAGUCCGAAUACAGCGACGAGAACAUUGAGUUCUGGCUCACGUGUGAGGACUACAAAAAGAUCAAGUCUUCAUUCCGAAUGUCCUCAAGAGCCAAGAAGAUUUAUGAGCAGUUCAUUAAAGCAGAAUCGCCUAAAGAGAUCAACAUCGACUAUCACACCCGAGAGCAGAUCAAAAGGAACGUCAAGACUCCCACCAUGCACUGCUUUGACGACGCUCAGAAGAUCGUUUACGGGUUGAUGGAAAGAGACUCGUACCCGCGGUUCCUCCGCUCGGACAUUUAUAGAACUCUUCUGGAGAGCCUCGCCGCCGACGCCACGAAGGGAUGAAAGCACGGCCAGAGGAGGGGAGAGAAAGGACAUAAAACCCAUAACUGGAAUGUUUGAGCUCCUUCAGGUGAAGGACUGACGACAAAGAAGGAAGAAGGGCCGACCGGCGCAGCACACGCGUGCAGAGGCCUUGUUCCUCAGUGUCCAGAAUCAGCCCUCAAGCCCCGUCACGGAAGUAUCUCCCCCCGACUCCCUGCCACCUCACACUUAGCAUCACACACCUGAGGACUAUGUAAGAAUGAGAAGCACAGGCAGAUUUCUCAAUAUCAAGCACGUAGUGUGCGUUUUCGCACUGGAUCAUCAGUUUGUGUGCGCACUUUUGACAGUGAAUGAAUCAGCGGGCUGGUUGCCUCUCGGUCUGACUGUAGAGCUGCGUAAGCAAACCAUUCAGUAGACGCCCUUUGGCCUUUUUUGGAGACGUGUUUCCUAUGCAGAUAAGGAUAGAGGAUGUAACAUGCCACGGUCACACUUGAGAAACUGUGUGUAUGCGUGUGUGCAUGCGUGUUUUUGAGAGAAAGAGGGAAAGAGAGCGAGCAUUUUAGAUGUAGUGUUUUUUACUGUCACUGAUUCAGAAUAAGCUGUCAUGAAAAGAGCUGCCCAGUUACGGGAUGACAGCACCAAGGAAGACAACAAAUCUAUAGAUUUAAUACUGAUAAGACAUCAUCAGUAAAAGCAUGUAGAAGGCCACCUAGCAAGAGCCACUCAUGGACACUUUCUGUUUUUUUUAAAUAAUGUAGAUUGCACCAAUAUGGGGUUUGAAAAACUGAUGAUUUAGGUUUUUUUUUAGUUUAAGCUGUCUAUAGGGGUUAUUUUGUGCCGAUAUUUAAUAUCCUUUAGGGUUGUUUUGAAACUACAAAAAGUAAAAAUAGUUUGUUUCAAUAAAAAUAACUAUUAAUGGUAUAGUUUUGUGAUUGCGAGAAGCCUAAUCAUGUAUAUUUUUUGUGUGGGAUCUGAACUUGCCGUUUCUAGCCGCUGACGUCUAGCCUAAUGACGCAGUGCGUAAAGACUAAAAUCUAAGCAGAGUCCUUACAACGCUGAAAUGUCAUGAGUUGUGAUUUUGUUUAUUUAAGUUUUCUGGCGUGGAAUGAUUAUAGAAAUAGGAUGUCUCACAUUGCAUGCCGGGAUGUCAAAACUCCUUUUAUACCAUGAGAAUAGGUCUGAUUGCUGAUGUCCAAAGCGCACUGUGUGAAUGUACUCUUAGGGAGCUGAUAGUUAAGUUAACUUAAAAAGUUAAAUGUUGUGUUAUUUAUUUUUCAUUGUCACCAUUUGAGUACAAAGUUUGCUGCAGUGUUUAAGUACUUGUUAAACUUGUUAGUGAUUUGAAUUACAUUAAAUUAUUACAUUGAACCACAUUUACAUUAUUUUAAUUGCCUACCUGCAACUAAGUGAACUUUUCAGUGUUGUGCACCACCCUGCGGUGUAGGUUCUUCUCACUCACAAUGUCACUUUUAGAAUUCUGAUUACAGUUUUGUGGUCUAUUUAAAGAAGGCUUCAAGAGAGUGAAACAGUUCUUAACGCAUUUCAUUCAAAAAGAAAUGGGAUGUUUGCAUGUGGUCGUGGGUUUUGUGUUAUAACAGACAUAUGCAAACAUUCGCAUGCAAACAUAUAUGCGUGGGAAUGUAUGUACCUAAGUACAGAUUAAGCUCAUUCAUUUAACAAAAUCCUUUCAAAGAUCACAACG